AUGGCCAAGUAUCUUGCAGUACGUGCCUCCCACCAUUACCAAUGCCCGAUUAACCAAGUUUAUUUCCCAGAGAAUGCUCUGUACCAGUUUGAGCUCGUCUCUCGAGCCAUUCAGAACGCCGCUCUGCCGCUCAUUGAUCGCGAGAAUGAUGAGCAAUAUCAGACCACGCCUCAAAGCAAGGAGGAUCCUGAAGCUGUGACCCCAGUCGACCACGCCACUCACACUCUUUUGAACACCCAACCCAUUCCAAGCAUGCCAUCCCCGCCAAACACCACCUUCUCGUCGCAAUUUCUCGCCCUACAUGCCACACGCGACGUUCCUGUUGGCCUCCUCGGCCUCUCCAACAAGACUGUUAGCGAAUUUGCCUUCAGGAUCGUUUGCACCGUUUCCGCUCCUCAAAGCGCAGAGGCAAAGCUCUUGAUACGCCACUGUCCACAAGCCGUGCUGUUUGCUCAGCAGGUUCACCUCGCCAACGCCCACGGUGAAACAAUUGAAGCCAUGGCAGACCGUGCUGUGACAAGAGGGCGCCAUUACCACGACCUCUUCCAUCUCGAAGGUCCCGAGCGCGCAUGCUUGUGGCUCAGAGGAAGAGAUACGCCACAAGCAGAGAUUAACCGUCGCCUCGCUGCCGAGCAUGCCAGGCUCAGCUUCCGUCGUGGUGUCGUGCUCGCACAGGCGAACAAAGCGUAUCGUCGAGAAAUGAUCAACAAGGUGAACGAGGCAUUGGCUUCGGUGUCAGUUUGA